ACGAUCUACGACAUCAUUGCUCAUGCCAAGUUUGCCAAUGAUGUGAGCGAGAAGGCAGGUCAGCGUAUGUAUCGCGUGGUGCAUGCCAACCUGUCGCUCUUCUCGACCCGUCAGCAGAAGUUUCUCGAGAAGGAGUGCGCGCUGGCAAAGCAGCAGCCUGUUCGCAGCCGAAUGCAGUACUGCGGCUAG